AUGUCACGAUACGAACGGGCCAACAAGAAGCGCAAGGUCGACUUCGACAGCGGCGCCGACGCCAGGGACCCAGGCAAAACAGCAUGGAAACCCUCGGCCUCCUUCACCCCAAUCGAGGGCGGUAGGCAGUGGACCCUGUCCGUUGCGGUCGGCGCCAGCGUUCUCAAAGACACAUUCACCGCCGAUCAACAGAUCGCCAUCCCCGGCCGGAUAGGGCGCGCCCUCGCCGUGUUCAACGUUGACGAAGUCGUGAUAUACGACGACACCCCGUGGAAGAGCGCCCCGGAGGGUUGA